AGUUUAUUUUCACAUAUCUGUCAGUUAUAUUUUUUAACCUGUAUCCGGUGAGAUUAUUCGAUUUUUUGUUCGUGAUGUGAAGCGAUCUGCGAAUCUUCGUUAUUGGUCUGUGAUGUCUAAUGUAAUAAGUAAUUUUUACUUUAAUAUUGUUGUACUCCGUCAUUUUCACUUGAAAGGCGACUGUUAAGUACUAAUCCUCAUAUCAAACCUUUCUCUAAUUAUAACCAGUUUAAAAUAAUAACAACAAUAAAAUCCUCGAAAGGAUAUGCCUCCUGUAAAAGAUGAUCUGAUUUUUAACUGUGUAGAGGUAAACAUACCUGAAAAAAGCCCAGGAAAAGGUACAGCAUUAGUAGAUGUGAGGGCCUGUAAUAAACCUGCCGCUAAGUUCAGCCAGUGAUGUGGAUUCGUGUUUUCUGUACCUUGUUUUACAUUAUUCUGUAAGACGCACAAUAUGCUGUAGUACUAUUUUAUUUUUGUUUUUGGGAGUGUGAAUAUAUUGUAGUGCAUGCUUUUGAAAUUUGCACCAUAGAGGAGUACCAUGACUAAUUCACAGGUAUGGUUCCGUGGAGUUCGUAGCUCGAAGUUUCGUCACGUGUACGGUGUGCCGUUCAAACGUGAGAGAUGCUAUGAUAAUAUAAAAAUAACGAGAAACGCCCACGAUUCCAACUUCUGUGCCGUGAACCCCAAGUUUGUGGCUAUCGUCACCGAAGUUGCGGGCGGGGGAGCCUUCCUAGUACUGCCUUUGGAUCACACGGGGCGUCUGGAUUUCAACGCCAGCCGCGUCACCGGCCACAAGGGUCCAGUGUUGGAUAUCAAGUGGAACCCGUUCAACGACAAUGUCAUAGCCUCCUGCUCUGACGACUGCACGGUGAAGAUAUGGCACAUCCCUGAUGGUGGCCUAUCUAUGCACCUCACCGACUGGCUGGUUGAGCUCCACGGGCACAAGAGGCGUGUGGCCUACAUAGAGUGGCAUCCCACGGCUGAGAACAUACUGUUUAGUGCUGGAUUCGAUUAUCUGAUCUUUGUAUGGGAUGUGGGCAAGGGCGAGGCUGUCAAGGUAAUCGACUGCCACAGUGACGUCAUCUAUUGCAUGUCCUUCAAUCGUGACGGAUCACUGUUAGCGACCACCUGCAAGGACAAGAAACUACGGGUUAUAGAGCCUAGGCGAGGGAUCGUGCUGUCUGAGGGGCCCUGUCACCUCGGCACAAAGGCUUCCAAGUGCACGUUCCUUGGCGCUCAGUGCAAAGUAUUGACAACUGGUUUCUCGCGACACAGCGACCGUCAGUACGCCGUUUGGGACCAACACGACGUGAGCGAGCCCCUCGCCUCCGAGACCAUCGACAGCUCCUCAGGAGUCGUCUUCCCCUACUACGAUCACGAUACCAACAUGGUCUAUCUGGCUGGCAAAGGCGACGGCAACAUCCGUUACUACGAAGUAGUGGACGAGGCGCCCUACGUGCAUUUCCUCAACCAGUUCCUGUCAGGCAACCCUCAGCGUGGUCUGGGCUUCAUGCCUAAGCGUGGCGUGAACACUUCUAUGUGCGAAGUGUUCCGUUUCUACAAGCUGCACACAUCCCGUGGCCUCUGCGAGCCCAUAUCUAUGAUUGUACCGCGCAAGUCCGACUGCUUCCAGGAGGAUUUGUACCCUGACACGGCCGCUCCUCAGCCGGCCCUCUCAGCACGCGACUGGCUCAGCGGAGUAAAUGCACCGCCACUACUCAUUAGUAUGAAAACAGGGGUGACGAUAUCCACGCACAAGCCCCGGAACAACAAGGACGCGCCCGCGCUGCAGCCGCAGGACGCCAACAACAGAAAGAAGUUCGCCUUUCUGUCGCGUGAGACAACCCCCGACUACCGCCCUCUAGCGACGUGGCAGGGCAACCAGGACGAUACGCAGCAGGUUCAAGUGACGGAGAAGUGUCAGAAGCAGAACACCAACCAGAACACUAAGUUCCACCAGCUCCAGAGGAUGUUCGGCAAACAGGCCGGUGACGUGGAAGUAGUGCCGCUCUACAAACAGAUCAACCAGGGAGACGUCUUCAACACGGAGCACGAGCUGCGACUCGCAUUCAACCGUCAGGGAGAAGAACUGAGAAUAGUGAAACGUCAACUACAGAACAGCCAACAGAGAGUGAGAGAGCUGGAACAACACAUCGCCUCGCUACAGUCACGACUCAACACAGCCUAAGGCGGGGGGAUGAUGAUGUGUGCUGUCGUGUUGUGUCGAGACAUACAAUAUUAAUGCUUUAAUUUCCUUAACAUAAUCUCUGGUUAUACAUUAUACUUAUUUAACUAUGUGUAUAAUAACAAAUUUCAUGUUUUGUCCGACGUUGAAAAAAUGUCAUAUAUAUAAAUAUUCCAUAUUAUCUAUCUUAAGGCGGGAAUAGAUUAUAUAGUUGUAUUGAGAGGAAAAUUUCGAUAAUUAUACAUUCUGUGUAGUUAAAUCAACCUUAAUUGGCUAGCAACGAACCGUCGCGACAUGACACAACAGUGUGUCUCUGGCCUUAGAUUUCGUUAAAUGCAAUAUACACGCUAAUCGAUGUUUAAAUAUGUACGCUCUCUAUAUGAUCGGAGCUUACGAAAAACAGUUUUCAUAAAACAUUGCUAUCUUAUCCAAUCUUGGAUAUCAAUGUACAUGUUUUUUCAAAAAUAAUAAUAAUAUUGUAGAAGUUGCAAGGUUCUGGCUGCCCUGCUCGGGCUUUACUGUGUCAAAGAGGUUUGCAAAAUAUCUUAAAGCCUAAUAUUAAGCUUUCGCCUCACGUCUAGAAUAAACACUCAUACCACCACUACCAAAGACAUGAAUGCAGAUUUCCGAAGCAAAAUACUAAUGAUUUACACAAAUGUGUAUUUUUUUUUAAAUUAAUAGCAUGUUUUACUGAAAUAAUAAUGAUUUACUUUGUUAAUGAAAUUAUGCUCUGCUAUAUUUUAUAAUUAUUUUGUGUUGUAAUGCAAACAGAAUGUGUAUGUAUGCUUUGUGUCUGUGAUAUCUCGGUAACAGCUCGAGAGUUCAACGCGGUUGUCAUUUCUAUGUCAAUAUUAGUUUACACCGUAUAAUAAAUAAUGUACUAUAUUUUAAGACACGACAUGCUUAAUGUUAUUAAUAUUAAUGUUUCAAAAACAAUAUUAUUAUUGUAAUCGUAUGGGAACAAUUUUAUCAUUCCAAAUUUAAUUUUAUUUUGUAUUAAUUUUUUUUUUAUCUAGUUCUGUUGCAGGCCUAAUUUAUGUAUUCUUUAUGGCCUAUAAAUUCAAAAGAACUGAUAAUUUCAUGUCCGAUGUUGUGAGAGUAGAUUUAUAUCAAUCAAUGUGCAAUCAAUGUUUGUAUGAAACAACAAAUAGUCUAAGCACUGAUUUUAACAGCACUCGGUAUAGUUUAUCUCCAAGGAUGAAGAGAAUUUAUUUUUUUUUGGUAUGGUUGUCCAGCGUUACCUGUUAGUUAUGAUUGUUUGUUCCUUGAUUUUGUAUGACAGAAAUGUGUUAUGUUAGUAUUUGCCAUUUAGAGCUCGUUUGUUCCAAUCUGAGAUGAUUUUUUUUGAAAUGUUUUAUUGAUUUUUAAUAAUUUAAGGAAAUUUUUCACUCGGCUUGACUAAUUUGUCUCAAAAUCAUAUUAUUUAAUAUCAUAGUAUUUAUUACCAGUUUUUGUAAUUCUGUUUUUAAUUAUCAUGACAUAUAAUGAUUUGAUAUCAAUGACACUUUUUAUUAUCGAUGAAAAUGUACUGCCAAUAUCAUAAAAAAAAUUGUUGUACAAAAAUAAAUACCUGACAUUUUUGUACAUAAAUUUAAUUGAGAAUUUCGAUUUAGUUUUUUUAAAUGUAUUAGAUAGGUGCUAGAUUGAAUAAGCUUGGAUGGCUUGAGUAUUUUGUAGCGGUUUCUGGAAUUUCUGAUUAUAAUCAAAUAUUAAGCUAAGUUUAAAAGAAUCUUCACCGCAAAGAAGCUUCUAGAAAUUUAAGAUUUUAAAUUAAAAUACAUGCUAUUUUCAUAAAAAUAUAAUAAUAAUUGUGAUGUACCAUCUGGAAUGGUUUGGAAACUUGUUUGAUAGAUUUGUCCUAGAUUAUUUUUUUUUGAUUGUGAUUAAUUUGGAAAAAUAAAGCUAAAAAUUAUAACAUUCCAUAAUAAGUAAAAUCCACUGUGUGGUUUUUUAAUAUUGAUGUUGAUCGAAGGCAUUCCACAUUAUAUAAUACAUUAGGUAAGCGAAAAUGGUUAAAAAAAAGUAUUAUUGCGUAUAAGCUGAGUUAGUAUUUUAGUUUGUGGCUAAGUCGAUGUUAAUAUUUAUUGUGUAUUUUUAUAUCAUGCUUGUGUAGCACAAAUUUUCAAUAAAUGUUUGAACAUUCGAUAAA